GAACAGCCGGAUGGGAACUUUAAUUGCCAACCUCAGUUUCACUGCUCAGCCGUCAUCCAAUCAUAUGCACUUAAGACUUUCUGGAAAAGAUGCUGAAUGGUUUUAUCUGGAGGGAAGAACCAUUAGACUGAACUCAUCAUCAACUAGGAAUAUUGAUAGAGAGAUACACGGCUCAGUUUUAACAGCAACUGUAAGGUGUUACGAACAUAAAACCCUACAGGCUGAACACAGGAUCAUGGUAGAGGUUCUGAAUGAGAAUGACAACAAACCCGAGUUCCUACAAAAAUCAGCUCAACCUCUGCAGCUCAGUGAGCUGACAGCGGUGAACUCUGUAGUGUUUACAGUCCAGGCCACAGAUGCAGACGGAGACACACUCGCAUACGUCAUUGAUGAAACAUCACCUGAUGCCAGGUAUUUUCGAGUGGACUUACCGAACAGUGGCAAAGUGGUUCUCAACAAGUCACUGGACUAUGAGAUCAAAACCCAGCUCCGACUGACUCUUUAUGCAGUGGAGACGAACACAAAUGAACACUACAACACAACGACAACAAUAAUCAUCAAUGUGACGGAUGGGGACGACCAAUACCCACAGUUCCAGCCUUGCACUCUUCUCUCAGCCAAUCACAGCAAACGAAUAUGUGCCAAUCCUCUCUACACCGCCAACAUCACAGAGAAUGAGCAGGACAUUGUCUUGGAUUUCUUCCCGGGUCCGAUUCAAGCCGUGGAUGGCGAUGAGGGUCUCAGAACGCCAGUAAAGUACACCAUCCUGUCAGGAGCAGAUAAUGGCAGAUUCGUCAUUGACAGUAACUCCGGAGAGGUGAGGUUAACCAGACGCGUGGAGAACAGACUGCUCAUCCCAACACUGAGACUGCGUGUUAUGGCAGCUCAGACGGAUGACCCUCUGAAAUACGCAGUAGCCACAGUUCUGGUGAGGGUCCUGGCAGAAAACGGGUUCCCGCCGCAGUUCAGCCGGUCGACGUACCGCGGUUUCGUCAGCGAGAGCUCGAGCCCCGCCUCGCUCGUCACGACAUACGGCAAUAAAUUACUUAUCCUGGAAGCCACGGAUCAAGACUUCACUGACGGCUUCAAUCCCAGACUGCAGUAUUCCCUAAACUCCAAACACAACAGCUCUCGGCUCUUUUACGUUACUCAAGAAGGACUGAUCAUCGCUAAAACUAGCCUGCUGCACCCCGGCCACAAAUAUUUCCUGGAGGUUAUAGCUGCUGACCUGGAAUCAGGAGACACCGUUAAAGCUGCACUGCAUGUGGAAAUUCUUCAGAAAGGCCAACCAGUUCCACAGGGACCGUUGGGGGCGGUGCAUGUGUAUAGCAGCGAGACAGUGGGCAGGGCAGAGGGCGUGGCAGGAGUGUGUCUGAUCCUGCUGGCCAUUACUUUAUUUACACUGGUGCGGUGCAUAAGGAUGAUCAGAGAGAAGAGGGAUCAUGUUAUCCGGACCAGUGUGGCUGACAACAGACACCCUAAUGUUAUGAACCACAGCCAUCCGAUGACUUUAGUGGAGGAAACCUUCUCAUAUCACAAUGAGGCGUUCAGCGAGUACGACCAAUCCACCUCACCCUUCUACGGCAAACAGGGCAUCUACACCAAAAUAGAAGAACCACUGCCAUCAUCUGUGACCUUACCAUCAGUUACCUUCAACAAGUCCUUACGGGAGCCAAGACGCAAUUAUCUGGCACUGCGGCCCAACGGGAGACCCGUGAACAGGUUUAACAAUAAAACCGUGUCGUUUCACGACUACGUUGUGGUUCGAGAAUGGGAUGAGGAGAGUGAAGAAAAUACAGAGACUACAUUCACAACAGAGGUGGAGAUUUGUACCGAUUUAGAAGACAUUAACGUGGAUUUUGAAUUAGACAACGACGAUUCAGAUCUCCCAGAAGAAGAAUUUCAAAUCCAGUCACAAAGAAUCACUUCAUACUGUGACGAAAUGCUCAACACGUACCUAAAAAGGGUCAAACUAGACUACGAAAUAAACAAUACAGACCAGAUAGACUUGGAAGACAGAAAAGCACUGGAAAUAAGGGACCAAAAAUUAGCUGCAAAGCACAGAUUCGAGUCUGACAUACAAAGAAUACAUUCAACUGAAAGUCAAGAAAGAGAUCAAACAGUAACGCAAAACUCAGGAUUAAUAGAUAACACACAAGCAGAGUUCUCCAUUUUUCUCGUUAACCCUAAAGCUGACAACACAGUCAUCAACUAUUCAGAAAGCUUUAAAACGGAUGAUUUUAAUUUAGAUCUUCAGGUUCCGGAAGCUGAAAGUUCUGUACAAAGCAUUCAUGAUGCAAGUAACUUACAAACACAUCUCGGCACAUUAACACUUGAUCCAGGUCAAAACAAUGGAUUGGAAGAAUGUCUGGAAGUUGACACGGACAACACCCCAAGCUCGUAUUAUGUUAACGAGGACAUUGCAACAAAUUUAGAUGACAGUAGCCCUGAAGAGGAGUCCAUAUCUAAUCUAGAUACAAGCGGUCAACAUUUGAACUAUCUUCAUGAUCCUCACGAGACACAGGUAGAAUGUUUCUACGACACAGACACAGAUGAAACUAAUGAUGGAAGAUGAUAGCGGGAGACUGAUGAAAGCUUGAGCUUGAACACUAAAUGAGCUUUUGUGAAAUGGGAAAAGAACAUUUGUUAUUUGAGGCAUUGGAGAGAUGGGUGAGUAAUACAAGCUUCUAACCCAAAGUAUGCCCUUCACCGAUGGUUUUCAGUCAUCCUGUUCCCUUCUUGCAUUAUUUAAUGUACAUCAUUGCACACAGACAUGCUUUCUUUGUAUUGAAAUUGCACUUUGCAAUGCAAACUCAAAUAAAAUCUACUGA